UCCAACUCUAAAGUCUAAACCCAUUAGAAAACGCCGGCGGAGAAAUGGGAGAUCAAUCUCCCCCGUUCUCCCAAAACAACGGCUACAAAAUUCUCAAAUUUCUUCUCAUUUUCUAAUUUUCCUCCAAAAAGAUACAAACUUGGAGACAAAGCAAAAUCUCUCGCUCACGCUCCCUCCCUUAGUUCUCGCCGUUUCUCUCUCCUCUCCUCCGCUUUCUUUUUCUCUCCCAAACGCCCCCAAAAAUAAACCCAAAGAUAAAAAAAAGAAGAAGAAAUUUUGAUGCUCUUCGUCUUCGCAAUGCACAUUAUCCUUUGAAAUCUUGAGGAAAAUUUUGUUCGUUUCGAUGCGGACGGGGGCUGGCCAGAUUCUCCUCCGGCUGCUGCUUUUUCUCAGCAUCAAUGGCGUCAUGGUUCGAGGGCAGGACGACGACGACCCGUCGUCGUCGACGGGGCUCCAGAGCUACUACAGCCGGAUCCUCUUCUCUCGCAUCAUGAAUCUCACCGAAAAAUUUAAACCCCAAAUCAAUAGGGAGCUAGGUUACUGCAUCAAAGACCCGGAUCAGGAGAUUAAUGCGGCCUUCAAUUUCUCCAAGGAUCCCACCUUCUUGACUAAUUGUCUCAGGGAAAACAGGGAUCUUUCAAAGCGUUUAUGUACUGCAGCAGAAGUCAAACUGUAUUUCAACAGUUUCUUGCAAAAUGAGGUUCAGAAGUUUGUAAGACCCAACAAGAACUGUAAUUUGACCUCUUGGGUUUCUGGAUGCGAGCCUGGAUGGGCAUGCAGUGUUGGCAAAGAUGUGAAAGUCGACCUUAAAGAUGACAAGAAGAUACCUACGAGAACGCAUAACUGCAGUGCUUGUUGUGAGGGUUUCUUUUGUCCUCAGGGUCUUACUUGCAUGAUACCUUGUCCUCUUGGUGCAUAUUGCCCACUUGCAACUUUGAACAAGACUACUGGCAUUUGUGAUCCAUAUAACUAUCAGCUACCUCCAGGACAAACAAAUCACUCUUGUGGUAGUGCAGAUAGGUGGGCUGAUGUUUUAAGUAGCGAUGAAGUAUUUUGUCCUGCUGGAUACUAUUGUCCAACCACCAUUCAAAAGAUUUCUUGCAGUCGUGGACAUUAUUGCAGGAAGGGUUCUACUGCCCAAAACAAGUGCUUUAAUAAGGGUUCAUGUAAGCCAAAUUCUACCAAUCAGAAUAUCACUGUAUUUGGCGUUCUCUUAGUAGUUGGACUGAGCUUGUUGCUACUGAUUAUAUAUAACUUCUCUGGCCAAGUUCUAACCAACCGUGAAAGGAAACAAGCAAAAUCUAGAGAAAAUGCUGCAAGAGUGGCUAGAGAAACUGCACAGGCACGUGAGAGGUGGAAAUCAGCCAGAGAUGUUGCAAAGAAAAGUGCAAUUGGACUUCAGAGUCAAUUAUCUCGUACAUUCUCUCGCAAACAAGCUCCCUCUCCCACGCCUCCAACUGCACCUCAGCAAUCAUCGAAAGCAUCCACAACGAAAAGUAAGGAGACAAGUGAUCUUAUCAAAAUGAUGCAUUCAUUGGACGAGAACCCUGAUAAUGAAAUGGGUUUGAAUCUGAAAAUUGGAGAUAAAAACCUCAAGAAAAAUGCUCCUAAAGGUAAACAGAUGCAUACUCGUAGCCAGAUCUUUAAAUAUGCAUAUGGUCAAAUUGAAAAAGAAAAAGCUAUGCAGCAGCAAAAUAAGAACUUGUCAUUUACCGGAGUGAUUUCUAUGGCUACUGACGAUGAUAUCAGAACUAGGCCUGUGAUGGAGGUUGCCUUCAAGGACCUCACACUAACUCUCAAAAGGAACGGAAAAAAGAUUCUUAGGUCUGUGACAGGGAAAUUAAUGCCUGGUCGUGUUGCUGCUCUCAUGGGCCCAUCUGGGGCAGGAAAGACUACAUAUCUUAGUGCUGUUUCAGGAAAGGUAACUGGAUGCGAGGCAAGCGGUUUAGUUCUCAUAAAUGGAAAAUUGGAGCCAAUUCAGGCAUACAGGAAGAUUAUUGGUUUUGUACCACAAGAUGAUAUUGUGCAUGGAAAUUUGACUGUUGAGGAGAAUCUUUGGUUCAGUGCUAAAUGCAGACUUUCAGCUGAUUUAUCAAAAGCAGAUAAGGUUCUGGUUGUGGAAAGGGUUAUCGAAUCUUUAGGACUACAAGCAAUACGAGAUUCUUUGGUUGGGACAGUUGAGAAGCGUGGAAUUUCAGGUGGACAAAGAAAGCGUGUAAAUGUUGGUUUGGAAAUGGUUAUGGAACCCUCCUUGUUGAUACUAGAUGAACCUACCUCUGGUUUGGAUAGUUCUUCAUCUCAGUUGCUUCUAAGAGCUCUUAGGCGUGAAGCACUAGAAGGGGUAAACAUCUGUGCAGUGGUUCACCAACCCAGCUAUGCUUUAUUCAAGAUGUUUGAUGAUUUGAUACUUCUAGCAAAAGGAGGUAUAACCGUGUACCAUGGUUCGGUGAAGAAAGUUGAGGAAUACUUCGCUGGCCUAGGGAUCAAUGUUCCUGAGCGUGUAAAUCCUCCAGAUUACUUCAUCGACAUCUUAGAAGGAAUAACAAAGCCACCAGGUAUAAAUGUUAAACAACUGCCCCUCAAAUGGAUGACACAUAAUGGGUAUGAGAUACCCCAGGACAUGUUUGAACUUGCACGUUCAGAUGAUACAUUAGAAAGUGUUGGCGAAGGAUCCACAUCCGGUGGUCUGGCUGAUGACCCAUCUAUUUCUAGUGGAGAAUUGGGCGAUAUCAAAGUUGUCAAUGAGCUGCCAAGAGAUGAUAAUUUAGAGCGAAGUUUCUCUAAAGCUAGUGAUUUAUCCAACCGUAGAACACCUGGCGUUCUUCGGCAAUACAGAUACUUUCUAGGAAGAGUUGGUAAACAGCGACUACGAGAAGCUAGAAUACAAGGAGUUGAUUAUCUCAUAUUGGGGCUUGCUGGAGUCUGUUUAGGGACACUUGCUAAAAUGACUGAUGAAACAUUUGGUGCUCUUGGUUACACAUACACCGUCAUUGCUGUUUCUCUCUUAUGCAAAAUUGGAGCGCUUAAAUCAUUUCAACUUGAAAAGUUAGAAUAUUUGAGAGAGAGAGCAUCAGGCAUGAGUUCAGCUGCUUACUUUCUUGCGAGAGACACUGUUGAUCAUUUCAAUACAAUCAUCAAGCCAAUAGUAUAUCUUUCAAUGUUUUAUUUCUUCAACAAUCCGAGGUCGUCAAUUCAAGACAACUAUAUUAUUUUGGUCGCACUUGUGUACUGCGUGACUGGUAUUGGUUAUACUUUUGCUAUAUCCUUCCAACCAAGCUCAGCCCAGCUGUGGUCUGCACUUCUACCCGUCAUCUUAACUUUGAUAGCAACUCAGACAAAUAAUGCAGAAUGGAUGAAGAACCUAUGCUACACAAAGUGGGCAUUGGAAGCAUUUGUGCUUUCAAAUGCAGAAAGGUACUCUGGUGUAUGGCUUGUAACGCGAUGUGGUUCUCUAAAGCAAAAUGUUUAUGAGAUUGACGAUUGGUGGCUUUCCAUAGGAAUCCUCAUUCUCUAUGGCGUAACUUUCCGCUUGAUUGCAUACAUAUGUAUGGUGACCCUCCUAAGGAAGUGAGGCCCUAGAGAUUUUUGUCCUCUUUUAUUCUCCCUCUUAGCUUCAUUUUUGUGUAUAUCAGUUCGAAAUCAGUUUUAUUUGCUUGUAUGUAGUAGUGUAUAUCAAUUAGAUUAAAAUUUUCAUUAUAUGGAAUGGAGAGGAUGUAGGCAUUACUGUAGCUUGUAUUAUCAUCAGAUGGGCAUUGUUGUAGUUCA